UUCGCGAUGAAAGGAUCAAAUGCUCUGGUCUUUGCCAGUUUUAUCCACACUUGCACAUUAGCUCUCGACGUAGGANGCAAAACAUACUUUGACCCUGGCGAUGGCGAAGCAUGGGAAUUGAACUAUGGUUAUUAUCCCUACCGAUCAUACCAGACCACCGACCUCAUCUCGCCACAAUUCAGGACCUUGGUUGAUUCGCCCGACUGCCAUGAUGACCGACAUGUGUUUUUCACUCCUCGAGGAUUCUCUAUUUCGGCACCUGGACCGAUGAUCGUGGACAGUUAUGGCGAGCUUAUUUGGGCAAAGAGUACAGAAGGACAGGCGUAUGACCUGAAGGUGCAGGAAUAUAAAGGCGAACAGUAUUUGACCUAUUGGCAAGGUGACGACAGAGUUCGAGGACACGGUGCUGGAGAUUUCUAUAUGAUCUCAGCUCUCAAUGGUCUGACAGCCGAUCUUCACGAACUGGUUAUCACGCCUCAAGGCACAGCGCUACUCACCGUCUACGAGGUCUACCCACAUGAUUUGAGUGAGCUCCGCGACUUCGACGAAGGAGAAGAAGAUCCCCACUACAUCUGGGACAGUCUUUUCCAAGAGAUUGACAUCGAAACCAACGAACUUCUAUUCCAGUGGCGCGCUUCGGAUCACUACUCUGUCAAUGAGACCUUCAAGUCGAUAGGAGGUGCAGGCACGCGAAACGAGCCCUUUGACUGGUACCACAUCAACUCGGUGGAGAAAGACGAAUUUGACAACUAUCUGGUCUCCGCCCGCUACACCCACACCGUGACCUACAUCAACGGUACUUCUGGCGACAUCGUCUGGAUCCUCGGAGGCAAGCGCAACAUGUUUAAAGACCUCGACGACGGCUCCGCUACCAAUUUUGCAUGGCAGCACGACGCCCGACUUCAUUCUAAGACAGAAUUCCCCCAAAUGUUUCGUGAAGACAUUGCACUCUACGGAAGCAGCAAAGAGGUGGAUGGGGUCGUGAAGCAGCUUGUCACUCUUUUUGACAACAGCGCAGAAGAUGUUGAACACACACUGGACUCAUCUCGUGGACUUUUGCUCGAAAUCACCUACCCUUCUGAUCAUAUACCAUCAUUCCGAAAUGACCUCACUGUACGUGAUGUCGCCCAGACUCAGGACGACAGGUACUCGGCAAAGAUCGUUCGAUCGUACGAUCAUCCUCAGGGUCCACUGUCGACCAGUCAGGGAUCGCUGCAGGUAAUACCGUCCCAAGACGAUAAGACAGACUCCAGAGUGUUCGUCGGAUAUGGUUACAAUGCCCUCUUCUCCGAGUUCAGUGCAGAUGGCACACUCUUGUGCGACAACCAUUUCGCAACCAACUACUCCUGGGGACUAGGCGAGGUUCAAUCUUACCGCGCCUUCAAGUUUCCAUGGACUGGUCGUCCUAUUGAUCCUCCGACUGCGGUACUCUCGACAGAUGGUCGGAUCUACGUCAGCUGGAAUGGAGCCACUGAGACCGGAGGAUGGAUUCUUCAGCAUACUCGUACAUUUCCUGCCACCGAAGAUGCCUGGAAGGACGUCCUUCACAUCGAUAAAUCCGGCUUCGAAAGUGUCAUUGACAUCGAAGACGUCGACCUGCUCCGAUACAUCCGGGUCAAGGCGGUUGAUCAGGAUGGUGUGAUGUUGGGAAUGUCGAGAGAGAUUGAUAUGGGUUGGAGUGCUGUUUUGUCUAGCUCUAUGCCACAGCUCAACGCCAUGAAUAGUGUGGCACCCAUCAAGCUGGUCAUGUUGAUUUGCAUCAACGUCACCAUCGUGUUCGUCAUGUACGAGCUCUGUAGGCGGCUCUACACGUGGCGCCAGACUCGCAAGUGGCGAGAAAGAAGAGGCAUCCGCCUGCUCCCUGACGCAUAA